UCAGAUCCCAGAGACUUAAAGGAUAUAAAAAAGAAAUGACGGGGCACAAACAGUUUUCAAUUGAUGUCAAUUAUGUAUGUGAUACCGCUUCACUGAAUCAUGAUACAGAAUAUGUAAGCGCUGAGGUGCUGAAAAUAAAAACAAAAAUAAAAGGUUUAACAAGACUUUGAUCUUACUUCUGGGUCAAUUACUGGUGACUUCAGAGUAUAUGGGGAUUUAAGUGGUCAAAUCCCCAUAUAUUGGUCACAAAGACUAAAGGACGAUUGGCUUCUCUUAAUUUGCAAAAAGACAAAUCUUAACUAUUCAAAUGUCAGACGCAUCAGAUGAGUGUAAAGAUACAUUUACAAUUUAUGUUUACAUUUGACAGUGUAUUUCACUCAAGUCUGACAUAUAUAUUUAUACAUAUAAAUAUGAUGUGUAAAUCAUAAAGUAAACAAGUAUAGUUUAUUUCAGCAUAAAUCAUAAAAACCCUGUGACAAAAAUCGAAGCUCACAAUCAAAACUCUAAUUACAACAUUUAUGAAAUAAAGUUUAAUUCAAUAAUAGAAGAGAGUCAUAAUACAUCAAUUCAUGGAAUAUGUAAUACAGGCAAGAUAAAAUCAUCUUUAAAAUGUACAUUGCAUAUUAAAAAACAUAAUAACAAAGAAGUACAAUACAAUACAAUAAUAGCUGGCCAGAAUGGAAUUAAAGUCCCGGAAGACACAAUUAAAAUUGUGAAAAAAAGGUUCAUAUCAACAAUAAAAUAAAUAAAUGAAUUAGAUUUUCCAGUCAUACACUUUACUCUUUGACUCCACACAGUGUGAAUCUUUUUUUUUUUCCUAAAACAUUGAACGGGAGCCAUUAAUUACUGCUCUGUGGUAACUGCAGUAAUUCUUUGGACGGCAUCCCCAUGGACAAAACAACUUUAACAGGAUAACAUUGGCAUCUAAAGGGUCUUUGAUUCUAUAGCAUCCAUCCUCUGCACACCAUGUCUUACUAAAUCUUGAGUGUUUAAUCUCCCGUAAUUACAAAGAUUUGCUUAGGUUAAUAAAAAUAAUCCGCCUCAAUUGAGACCCCCUACCUGGACCUCCCCUGUGCCUUCUUUGCCCCUUUCUGUGAGGGAUAAAUUCAGAGUCAUAUAAAUAGAGUCACCUUCAGAACUGUGGAGCACAACUCUUCGAAUCAGGACCAAUAGGCUGUUGGAUAUUGAGCUGGAGGUUUUGGUCAGGUUAGAUUUAUCAGAGAGGUGAAUACAUUUAAAUGCACUUUACUGGCAAAGAAAGUGGCCGUAUUUAGUCUUCAAGACUGACGUCAUUUCCACAGGUUGAGAUCGUGUCGCUCAUUAGCGCAUCAGGGUUAACAACAGUUGAGAGGCUCAUCUUUAUCUGUGAUCUUGUCAACAGUAAGACUUCGGCGAAAGAAGCGAGGGGCAUAGAGACAUUCGGUUUGUAAGGGUUUUUUAUUUUGAAAGAUAAUAGUUAUGCAGCGAAACUCAGACAAACAAUUCUGAGAAGCUUUUUGGAAAAUACGCUUUCCAUUGAUCACCUGAUUAAUAUUUUUUUCAGUCAGUUUGGAACAAAAUUAGAACACUUUGAUGAGUCUGAGAUUUCUUAAUUCAGAAAUUACAAUGGAGGACAGAAGCAGCCACACCAGCGCCAGAGAAAGGCUGGGACUGAGCUUCACUAUUGACUACCUUCUGUUCAAUAAAGGAGUCAAAGGUUCUAAAGAAGAAGCGACAGGAAGUCGUACGGAAGAGCAGACCGCGAACAACAUGCUAAAUCAUCAGAAUCCUGAACCCGAAGAGGUGGGGAUUCGCUCUGAGAAACAGGAGAAGCAGCUACAGAGGUCAGGGGUAGACACGGAGGAAAGGAAAGUCAAAGAAGAGGAGGGGGAAGAAGAACAACAAGAGGAGGGGGAGGAGGAAGUGACCACCACCACGUCUAUCAGCAGCAGCCCGGAGAAGUCUGUGGACAAACCCAACCAGUCGUACAUUGCCCUCAUCUCCAAGGCGAUCCUGGCAUCUGAGCAGAAGAAGCUGCUGCUCUGUGACAUCUACCAGUGGAUCAUGGACCACUACCCUUACUUCAAGAGUAAGGACAAAAACUGGAGGAACAGUGUGCGUCACAACUUGUCCCUGAAUGAUUGCUUCAUCAAAGCAGGCCGCAGCGACAACGGUAAAGGCCACUUCUGGGCAAUUCACCCAUCAAACUAUCAGGACUUUUCUAAUGGGGACUAUCACUGCCGGAGGGCGCGGCGGAGGGUACGCAGGGUGGGGGCACAGCUUCCCCUUUCCUCCCUGAGCUCCCCCUACAACCAUGCCCUUAUUCGUCCCCACAGAACGAUCUGUUGGUGCUGUCCUCAGGCCCCAGCAUUCCCUCUGUCCUGCCCGGCACCCAGACUCUACUGGCCCUGGUCCCGUGUGCAGCCGCAAGUGGGGCUCCACCAGGGCCUCCAUGCGUCUCUACCGUGAAAGUAAAUAGUUGAUAUUUUAUUCUAUACUCAAAGUGUGGGCCUUAUUGUUGGGUUGAAGAGAUAUGUUAGAGACUUUCUUGCUAAUGAUUAUGUCAUUAGGUGAUGUUAAAAUUGAUAUUAAGUUAUACAUUAUUACAUUAUAUUCAGCUUUGUAAGUGAGGUAAAGUGUAAAGUGAUGUAAGACAUUCAAUAAUUAAAUAAAAUGUAUGUAU